GCUUCCCUUCUAAAUAGAGCGCACCACCUUUAACGGGAUGAAACUUUGCACGAAGCUGGUGCAGUGGCUGACGCUAGCAGGCCUGUUCUUCGCUGCCUGGACCUCGUUGAUAUUUGAAAUUCUUCCCGUACAACUCAGCCAUGCAAUGUACAGAGUCGUCCUAAUACUUCCGCUCUACCUACUGAUAUGUUUUGGGAGCUACAGUCUGGCCACCAUUGGGUAUAGACUGACAACGUUCAAUGACUGUGAAGGAGCUUCUGACGAACUCGUGGCUGUAAGAAAAAAGCAGAUCGAAGAAUGUUUGCCGACUUUUUUUUCCAAUGCAGGAGGUGAAACAGGCGAGGGAGGAUUUGACAAAGAAAGGACUAAAAUUUUAGCUGGACCAUUCACUCCUCUUUUUCAUUACAUUUUUCAUGUCCAAAAUCAUGACAAUAAGCAGGUCACAAAACAAGCUGAGAGUAUAUACAUGUUUUUGAUAUUUGUGGUCAUUUUUUUC